AUGGGCGCCAACCUCUCCUCCACAUUUGUCCCAGACCUCUCGGGCGUUGUCAUCAGCCCCGAAGACAGACAGGCGGACAUGUUUCUCGGCAUCUUCUGGGCUGCAUCUCUCUACGCCUGCGCCAUGAUCUUCAGCACCUGCGCCCUUAUCGAUCGCUGGAAGGGCCCUUACGACCGUGUGCGUACGACGGGAGGGUCUGUACUUGGAGCGCUGUUAUUAUCCACGGCUUGGCCUGUUGUCAUGGCGUAUCUCAUCUUCUCUCCCGCCGAUGUCGAUUGA